GUGACAAACACGGCCAAUUACACGCUAGAGGAUUGGGAAGAGGACAUCAGACUGGCCCGAGAUGCAUCAAUCGACGCCUUUGCACUCAACAUGGCAUACGAGGAUCCCACCAAUGACAUUGCCUUACCGCUAGCAUUUCAAGCUGCGGCUAAUGUAGAAGGCUCCUUUCAACUCUUCUUCUCAUUCGAUUAUGCAGGGAAUGGUCCCUGGUCCAAGGCCGUGGUGGCUGCACUGAUCCUCCAAUACAGCAGCCACUCGUCAUACUAUCUAUACAACUCUCAGCCUUUCGUCUCAACCUUUGAGGGACCUGCAAAUGCAGAGGACUGGACCACAAUCAAAGAGCAAACAGGCUGUUUCUUUGUCCCAGACUGGUCCUCUCUCGGAGCCAAAGAGGCCCUAGAGGCCGGCGGGGGAGGCAUCGUCGACGCCCUCUUUAGCUGGGCGGCGUGGCCCUGGGGACCACAAGACAUGGACACCUAUACGGAUGCAUCCUACCUGCAGUAUCUCAACGAGAGUGGGCAGGCUCUUCCCUACAUGAUGCCGGUUUCUCCGUGGUUCUACACAAAUCUACCGGGCUAUAAGAAGAACUGGCUGUGGCGCGGUGACCAUCUCUGGCAUGACCGAUGGUUGGAAGCCUGGUACCUGAGGCCGGACUUCAUUGAAAUUAUUAGUUGGAAUGAUUAUGGCGAGUCUCACUACAUUGGCCCACUCCGAGAUAAUGCCAUGGCAGCGUUUCAAAUUGGUGAAGCGUCCUACAACUAUGUGGCUGGAAUGCCCCAUGAUGCCUGGCGUGACCUCCUGCCGUACGUGGCUGACACCUACAAGGACUCAAUCGCCACGGUUUACACCGAAACCCUAGUGGUGUGGUAUCGUGUGCAGCCGGUCUCGGCGUGUGGCACCGGGGGCACCACUGCCAACACAGCCAGCGAGCUGCAGCUUGAGUUCACCCCAGCCGAAGUACUGACGGAUAUGGUGUUCUUCUCUGCGCUCUUAGAAGAUACGGCGGACAUCGCGGUGACAAUCGGUGGGGUGUCAGUGGAGGCCGUCUGGCGGAACGUUCCCAACGAGAAAGGUCCUCAGACGGGCCUGUACCAUGGACAAGCUCCAUUUGGUGGGCAUACUGGGGAAGUGGUUGUUACCAUUUCCAGGGAUGGAACGACAAUUGCCCAGGUGGCUGGUGAGACUAUUAGCACAAGUUGCACUGACGGCCUCGCGAACUACAAUGUGUGGACAGGCUCGGCCAAGGCGUCCACCAGCGUGAACGCCAUCACCCCGGUUCUCCUAGACAAUCAGGUGUGCAUCAAUGGCACCGGGGCAAACAACUUUGCUGGCCUGUGCGAGUUUGCUUGUAUGUACGGUUACUGCCCCGUCAGUGCAUGUACGUGCUUGGAUAUGGGGGUCCAAAAAACGCUACCCAAUGCCACCGGUGUGCAGGGCUAUCCACUCGAGGGUCUGGACGCCAGUUAUAGUGGUCUCUGCAGUUUCGACUGUAACUACGGAUUCUGUCCUGACACAGCCUGUGCCACCGUCUCGGCACCGCUGUCCGUGCCCACCGUCUCUGACUUUGAUCCUCCGGCUUGCGUGUCAGGGACAGGGAGCGGCAACCUGGCGGGACUGUGCAGUUUCAGCUGUGCCUUCGGCUUCUGCCCUAUCAACGCCUGUACAUGUACCGGCCAAGGUGCUUUGACGGUCAAAAACCCAACCUCGUCGGACGUGGGAGUGGCCAUUGACCCGGAAGAUGAAGCUAUCUAUGGUCCACUGUGUGAAUUCGCCUGCCAGCGCGGCUACUGUCCCGAAGGCGCCUGC